GGAGGCACCGGCGAUGGGCCUUGCUAUUUUGCGUUUCUCACAUCGAACGCGUAAUAAGGUCCCACGCGAGGACGCAAACAUUUUGUGAGUGGCGUUGGAGUAUCUAUUGUAUCAUAUUGUAUGCACAGAGCCAUCUAUUGAAGAAGAAGAAGAAGAAGAAGAGGACGCAAACAUGACAUUUUAUUGUGACUUAUCGAAACACGAGUGAGGAAGGGAAGCGUGUGGUAACUCGGAGCGUAAUGACGCGCAACUUCUCUUUAGACAGGCCUAAUAAGCAUCGUUGCCGUCGACGAUAAGACGCGACACACAAUGAAUGAUAUGUGGUAUCAGCAACCAGUUGGACCCAGUAACUUGGGACACAUGAGAAGCAGGGGCACUUGAACAGCAGUCCCCUGGGGAAGAGUAUUGUAUCUAGUUUAGCUAGAGGAAGGAAGUACUUGCCAGUGGCCGAGGGACGCCAAAGGAAGGUGCUGCAUCACCAGUCAAUGAUGGAUCUCUGAGAAAGAUCCUCGCGCCCACGCCAUAUCGACUCUCAUGCACUUCUGGAUCAACAAGCCGGCGGGCAGGUACUACGGCUUCACCUGCCGCCGAUACCCUGCCACACCUGUACCCAAGACGUAUUUCAACCGAUGUUUGCAUGGCGGUGAGCUCAGGAGUGUUGUGACACCAGUGCCUCGACUCAUGGGCCUCGGUAAUGCGGUCGGAAACACGGCUGGACCUAGUAACGUCAGUUCCUGCCGGAACGUCAGCCGGCCGAGCACGCGGGUUCGCAACGAGAACAGUCGGCACGGUUCGUCGUCACUCCGGGCCAGCCGGCUCGCCCAGCUGCACAACAUCCCCAACAACGUCACCGACACUAGCAACAAUCAACUGAUACUGCCCAACGCGACCGCGAACGGCACCAACAGGGGUAUACUGGGCUUUUCCGAAUUCAGCGACGCGGAACUGGCUGGCUUCCGGCUGCGUUGCGGCAUAUGGAUCACCUUCGUCGUGGCGUCGACCUUCGUAGCCGCCGCUAAAUUCUACUUUGGUUAUCGGGGACCGGGACUGGAGAUACUUGUGUUCUGCGGGCUGCUGCUGCUGUUGUUGAUCGCGUGCCUGUAUUCAAUCUUCUGCCGCGUUCAGAGCCACGGCCGGCCGGAGCACCGCAUGCAGGAGGACCAUAUCGCUGCCCUGACGAGCGCCACCGACGUGUCCGUCGGCGAGAGCGUGAGGCCGACGGUGCCAGCGACGGUGAGGCAGAACCCGCCGCCACCGACGACGGUGAGACAGAACCCGCCUCCGCCACCUUAUCACAUCGCCAUUCUGAUACCGCCGCCUAAUACCACGGACGAGGCGCCGCCGCCGUCUUACGACAAGGUCAUGCGAUGAAACCGGCGGAGACCGGUGGGAAAUCAAGCCGACGAUCUGUUAUCGAUCCGGGCUUCUGUCGCUUCUCGUGGCUGCGACAUGAGCUAGAGAACGAUAGGAACGUGAGGAACUACGAACGACAAGGUCUGACGAUGAAAUCGGCAGACCGCUAUGAGAUCGAGCCAAAUGAUCGAGCGAGAAAGUAUUGUGGCGUGCGACACUGCGUGCAUGAUUUUCUGCUCGCAUGAAACGGUUGAACCGUGCGAUUAACUCGCUCGCAAAAAAGCGGGAAAAUCGAUCGGGGAAAGGUCGCCUGGCAUGAACUUUCUCUGCAGAACUUUUCUUCUUUCGACAUUUUCACGUCUAUUCAGGGGUGUAGCGACAGCUCGAUGAAAGGGAGAGAUGAGGGGAGUCUUUGGAAGGUAGUAGAGUUAAGAGAGAAUGUUCGUGAAGCUCGCCGACGAUCGUCCCGGGCCUCGAAAUUCUGGGCUGCGCCCCUACACGCCAAAAGUAUAGAAACUGCGAGAUUACAAUACAGAGUGAUUCGAGAUAGAGCGCCAUUAGCGAGCGAACCGCUUGUUUAAACCUCGAGAGAGAAUAAUUUGAUGCGAGCCGGUAAUUCCCGUACGGUGAAUUUUCUGUUCGCGGAGAUUCAGCCUCGAAAGUGCGAGCAUCGUUGCCGAAUUCAUUCCGAUAAAUCGUCUCUCUUCUCUUCAACGAUCUAUUCUUCCAUGAUUUGUACUGAGACGUCGUCUCAGACCUAGGAUAAGGAGUACGCGCUUCCUUGAACUCUGAUCCCGAAUCACUCGAAACACUUCCAAUACGAUUAUAAGACUUUCGACGAUCGAUUACGCGUGAAUACGUCGCAUUCCCUUGUUACUGCAAGUUCGUAACAAGCGGGCAUGAAUCCAUAGAAUAGGUGAUUUUUCACGUCUGUGAUAAGAAUGCAAUGAUGUAACAUUGACGACUCACGUACACGUACACACUAUAUACACGCGGCGAGGAUUUGAAAGGAGAAAAUGAGAGAAAUUCGUGUGAAAUUAUUUUUUAGCGGGUAUCAAUACAAAUCGAGAACGAUUGUAUUCACCAACGAAUUUGCAUUUGAUGCGGAUAAAAUUGUAUUCUAAUCUUAUACACUGCAAUCAUAUACGAGACUGUACGAUAUAUUUGACUUAGGUUUAGGUCAUACAGCGUACAUACAGUUGUAAACGGUAAACAUUCAUCCGCUCGUUUACGUUUUGGUUCUUCUGUGACUAGUUUUAUACUUUAGGAGAGGUGCUCGAAUCAAAGCUAAAGUGCGGAUUCACGUUAACAGCUGUCUAACUAAAAAUGCCAAAUGAGAAUAUCGAAGAUCUGUGUGUCCAGUUGUUUUGAUGUUGGCUUGAGUGUGUAACCAACUGUGUGUCGUUGAAGAAAGUUUGAAACGAACAGACAAAGUUUAGUCACACUUUUGAUUAGACAGCUGAUGCGAGUGUACUUUAACUCUCGAUCUGGCUCUGACGCAUCUCUCUCUCUCUCUUUCUCUCUCUCUCUUUCUCUCUCUCUCUCUCUCUCUCUCUCUCUUUCUUUCUCUCUCUCUCCCUUCUAAAUUGCGAUUUUAUAUCAAGGUGCAUUUCCUUACUUUAAGACUCCGUGAAGACGUUCGCAUUUUUUAGCUGCUUUUCGAUCGUUAAAUUAUAAAACAUUUCCAGGAGAAUCGUUGGACCGUUGUUGCGUCCGUUCGAUACCUUGACUACGUAUCUUUACUGCAGGAUGCCUAUAGAGUGUUUUAUUAAACGCAUUUAAACACACAGGACACUCAUAAAUAUGCAUCCAUUCACACGAUAUAAAAGAAGCGCACAAAUUUAAGCGUGCGAUUCGAGUCGGGACAUGAAAAAUUCGCGAGACGCACGUACAUGACUCGGUCGCCACUUACGACGAACUGAUAAUAAUACGGAGUGUUCGAUAAUCGGCAUGUUUAACGUACGUAGUGCGUUAAUUUCUUCACGAAAACCGAUUCGACCUUUCUGAAACGAAUGUCCCAUCUGUGGGACCAACAUUUUAUUACGAAUAAAAUGUGAUUUUAGUAACGAGUAAUAUCUCUAGUAUCUUAAAAAAGUGUGAAACGCGAUCCUCCGGACACAAAAAUCCGCCGACUAUUCGCUUAACUGUCAAAUGAGUUCGGUACCGAUCCGUAAUAUAAAGGUAAGAACAAUCGUGUUGCGUUUACUGAAUGCGCUCAUCGAAUAUCGUAUGCACCGCGUGUAUCGCGUGCUUCACGAUAUGCGAGACACACGCGCAGAGUUUCACUGUACUUUGCGACAUGUAACACAGAUGUUAGGAAAAGCUACGAGCUGGCGCGUCAGAUCAUAAUACGAUUUUGUAUUUCUCUUUUUCUCGGUGAAUGAAUGCGUGAAUGGGGAGAGAAAGAGAGCGUGGUGCAUGUACGCAUGUAAAAUGAUCGCUUACGUCAUAACCCUGUAUAUUUAAGGAUAGCUACAUAUAAUACACACUAAUGUGAGAUCUCGUUUGAACGUUCUUUGUAACUGUAAGUCGCAACCGUAUCGUGAUGUACAAAAUUCACCGUACUUUUUAACUGCACUUAAAGAAACACAUUUCAA